AUGGCCGAAGAAUCGCCCAAACGUGGGACUGUUCUCCCAGAGCCUGGAGAACGCAAUAUUCUCAUCACGAGCGCUCUGCCUUACGUGAACAAUGUUCCCCACCUCGGGAACCUCAUAGGUUCUGUCCUCUCAGCGGAUGUUUUUGCAAGGUACUGCAGAGGGCAUGGGCUCAACACGCUCUAUGUCUGUGGUACGGAUGAAUAUGGUACUACGUCCGAGACAAGAGCGCUAGUCGAGAAAUGCACGCCACAGCAGCUUUGCGAUAAAUACCACGUAAUCCAUGCCGCCGUCUACGAUUGGUUCAACAUCAGUUUCGAUAUUUUCGGUCGGACAACAACACAGUUGCAAACAGACAUCACUCAAGAUAUCUUCCUCAAGCUUCACCGAAACGGGUUCCUGAAGGAGGAGAUGACCACACAACUUUACUGCGAGCAACACAAAUCAUUUCUUGCAGAUCGAUUUGUUGAAGGGGAAUGUCCAUCUUGCGGCAAUGCAGAUGCUCAUGGGGAUCAAUGUGACUUUUGCAGCCAACUUCUUGACCCCCUUGAACUCAAAAAUCCUCGAUGCAAAGUUGAUGGUGCAACCCCAGUUACAAGAGAGACGAAACAUAUUUUUCUCGAUCUGGACAAGUUACAAUCCGAAAUCGAGCAGUUCUUCCAACAGUCCGCUACAAACGGUGCGUGGUCCAACAAUGGCAAAGAAAUCACUUCCGCCUGGUUGAAGGAGGGUUUGAAACCACGAAGCAUCACCAGAGACAUGAAAUGGGGAACUCCUGUCCCUCUACCAGGUUAUGAAGACAAGGUGAUCUAUGCCUGGUUUGAUGCUUGCAUUGGCUACGUAUCCAUCACAGCAAAUUAUACGGACCAGUGGCAGAAGUGGUGGCGCAACCCCGACGACGUUCAACUUUAUCAGUUCCUUGGGAAAGAUAAUGUUGCCUACCACACUGUCAUCUUUCCAGGUAGCCAAAUUGGCACUCGAGACACCUGGACUAAGCUUCACCAUCUCUCCACCACAGAAUAUCUCACGUAUGAAGGUGGGAAGUUUUCCAAAUCUCGAGGGGUUGGUGUGUUUGGAGAUUCAGCGCAAAAAACUGGCGUCGCUUCUGAUGUGUGGCGCUACUACUUAAUCUCUCAUCGACCAGAAACUGGUGACACCGAGUUUAAUUGGGAUUCAUUUAUCAGUGCCAACAACAACUUGUUACUUAAGAAUCUGGGCAAUUUUGUCAGCCGUGUCGUGAAGUUCGUCAACUCAAAAAACUUCGAAAACAUUGUGCCAGACUACACACAACACCACGAACCCUCAUUUGACAUUUGGAAAGAGCAAGUCAACGGACUCCUUACCGAGUACAUCCACAAACUGGACGCCGUCAAAAUUCGUGGUGCUUUGUCUACAGUCCUGUCUAUCUCUCAACAGGGCAAUGUUUUCCUCCAAUCCAACAGUCUCGAUAACAAGCUUGCUGAGAAUGAACCACUCAAAUGUGCGGCUGUCAUCGGGAUUGCUGUAAAUUUGAUUCAUUUGCUUGCUUCUAUCAUUUCCCCGUUUAUGCCCGACACCGCAAAAUCGAUGAACGCGCAGCUUCGCGCAGAGCCCCUAUCGAUCCCGUCCCAUUGGAAUUCCGGAUCCAUCAAGCCUGGCCAUCAAAUUGGCAAAGCAGCUUACUUAUUCAGCAACAUAAAGCCGGAGAAAGGACAGGAGUGGCGAGACAUGUUCGGAGGCCAGGAAGUGGAAAAAGUUAAGGAGGAAAAGGCAACACGAAAGGCAGCAAAAAAAGCGGCGGCGAAGGGCGCCAAAGCAUCACAGAGGGAAUUGAAUUAG